ACAACCCUUCACUAUGCGGCACGGAUGUCCACAAGUCAACACUUUUCCUCCACAGAGAGAGAGAGAGAGGAGAGCUGAGUUGUCUUGGAAAUGGAAGAAGGCUUCUGGUUGCCUCUUCUUGCAGCAGUUGCUGUAAUUCUGUUUUCGUUCUUUGUAUUCACGAAGUUCUUCAACAAGAAGACAAACACAAGUACAGUUUCAGAUUCAGAAACUUCUUCUUCAAAUCCUAACUCUUCAUCCACCUCCAAUCCACUUCCAUCUGCCCCCUACGAAGUCUUCCUCAGCUUCAGAGGCCCCGACACUCGAUACGCCUUCACAGAUUUCCUCUACAACGAUCUCGUCGAUGCCAGAAUUCGCACCUUCAGAGACGACAACGAGCUCCGAAAAGGAGAAGAGAUCGGCCCUGAGCUCCUCAGAGCAAUUACAGAAUCCAAGAUUUCAAUCUCGAUCUUCUCCAAGAACUAUGCGUCCAGUAAAUGGUGCCUUCGCGAGCUAGCAAAAAUGUGGGAAUGCAGGACAAGCAUGGGACAGAUCAUUUUGCCCAUUUUCUUUGACGUUGAGCCGUCCGAUGUGCGGCAUCAAACAGGGACUUACAAGAAGGCCUUCAACGAGCACCAGAGGCAUUUCGAUGGCGACACCGUGCGGGGAUGGAGGGAGGCAUUGAAAGGGGUUGGAGCAUUGAAAGGAUGGGAUUUGAACAAGGAAACUGGAGGGCAUCAAGGAAAGCUCGUGAAGAUGGUUGUUUCAAAAGUGUUGUUAGAGUUAAAGAAGAAUUACAUGGUUGUAACUGACAGAUUGGUUGCAAUUGAUCAUCACAUAGAAGAAGUAAGUAGAUUAUUAGAUUUUCACUCCAGUGAUGUAAGGAUUGUUGGAAUCCAUGGCAUGGGUGGGCUUGGCAAGACAACUAUUGCCAAAGUCAUAUACAACAAACUCUCCAAGUCCUUUGAACACUGUAGCUUUCUUGCUGAUGUUCGAGAAAUUUCACAACAAAAGGGUCUUGUUAACUUACAAAUUCAACUGAACUCUAAAAUCCUAAAGCGAAAAGGCCUCGACAUUGAUACUGUUAAUGAUGGACACCAAAUGACAAAAGACACAGUUUUUGGAAAGAAAGUUCUCAUUGUUUUGGACGAUGUGGCUGAAUCGUCUCAAUUUGAGAUGCUUGUCGGAGAACGUGAUUGGUAUGGCUCGGGAAGCAGGUUCAUUGUUACAACAAGAAACAAAAAGGUUUUAGAUGAUCUCAAAGUAGAUGGGGCUUACGAACCACCAACAAUGGAACCAUAUUAUUCUCUUCAACUUUUUAGCAAGCAUGCCUUUAGGGAGGACUUCCCUCCAGAUGACUAUGAUCUUCUUUCCAAAGAUGUUGCAUCCACUGCUGCUGGGCUUCCUUUGGCUCUUGAGAUUAUAGGUUCACUUUUAUGUGGCAGGGGGAAAGCAGUAUGGAAAGAUACAUUGAAGAAGUUGAGAAAAAGACCGGAUGACAAAGUCCAGGCAAUAUUGAGAAUAAGUUAUGAAGCAUUAGAUUAUGAGCAAAAGCAGAUAUUUCUCGACAUUGCAUGUCUUCCCAUUGGAGUGGACAAAAGAAUUGCUGAGUAUUUUGAAUUUCCUGGUGGAAUGGACAAAGGAGUUGCCUUUUAUAUGUGGGAUGCUUGUGAAUUUUUUCCUGAAAGUGGGAUUGAUGUCCUCUUUCUCAUGUCUUUGGUGAAAUUUGAAGAUGGUGAUUUCCUAUGGAUGCAUGAUCAGCUUAUAGGCCUUGGUAGAGAAAUUGUUCGUCAAGAAAAUUUCAAGGAGCCUGGGGAGCGUAGUAGGUUGUGGUCUCAUGAGGAAGCAAUGGAUGUAUUGGAGGGGCGCAUGGGUACUAAAAAGGUUGAAGUCCUCUGUCUUGACUUCAAAUUUGGUUAUCCGGGCCUUUGUUUUACAAGUGAAGUAUUCACAGAACUUUCAAAUUUAAGGUUUCUCAAAGUUGAUUGCGCAGAAUUAACUGGAGAUUUUAAGCAUCUUCUUUCAAAGUUAAGAUGGCUUCAUUGGCAGAAUUGUCCAGGGAAAUUCACUCCAACCAGUUUAUGUCUAAAGAAUCUGGUCAUUCUUGAUCUAUCAUGUAGCAGGAUUACAAAUGACUGGAAGGCUUGGAGUCAAAUCAUGAUGUCAAGAAAGCUGAAAAUUUUAGAUCUCUCAUAUUGCAAUUGCCUAACCAGAACUCCUGACUUCUCUACAUUUGGAAGCUUAGAGAGAUUGAUUCUUAAAGGGUGUGGAAGUAUGAUUCACAUUGACCCGUCCAUUGGGAAUCUAAUUCAUUUGAGAGUGCUUGAUAUUAGUGGAUCUGCCAUAACCAAGUUUCCUGAUGCUAUUGGAAAUUUAAAGGAGCUUGAAAUUAUUAAUGCCUCUUCUUGUAGUUUGCAAGGGAAAAUUCCAAGUAGUAUUGGGAGGUUGUCUUCUUUGAAAAUCUUGAAUUUAAUGUUAACAAAGAUUUCUCACCUACCAGUGAGCAUUUGUGGGCUUUGUGACCUCCAAACCCUUGAUUUAUACGGCUGCCGGGAGCUUCAAUCGCUGCCACAACUUCCUCAUAGUUUAACUAGUCUUCGUGUCACAUGUAAACAAAUGGAGGCAUUUCCAAGUCUUCCCAAUCUGACGAGUCUGAAGAAAUUGCACUUGGAAGAAUGUCGGAAUCUUGCAGAAGUUCCUGGAAAUCUUGGGAAAUUAUCUGAAUUGGAGACCUUGACUUUGAUAAAGACCAGCAUUAGGAGUCUGCCAGCAGGGAUUGGUGGACUUCGUAGGCUCAACCAACUCGAAAUAAACUCCUGUAAAAAUAUUCGUUGCAUAAUGGGACUGCCCUCAGGUUUACACAAACUCUCUGUUAAUUUUUGUGAUUCCUUCGAAAGAUUGCCAGAUCUGUCAAAUUUGGAAAUUUUAUCAGAAUUAAAACUUUCUGCUUGUCCUGAGCUGGUGGGGAUUCAAGGCUUUGGGAAAUUAAAACUGCUGACAAGUUUAGAAGUAUCAGGGUCAGAAAAGCUAUGUGAACUUGACGGGCUUGAACAGUUGGAAUGUUUAAUACACUUGAAUAUAAGUCAGUGUUCUUACUUAGAAAGAGUGCCAGAUCUAUCCAAUCUAAAGAAGUUAAAGAAGUUACUUGCUUACUGCUGUCCUUACCUGAUUUUGAUUCAAGGCCUAGAGCAAUUGGAAUCCUUAGAAUAUUUGGAUAUAAGUGAAUGUGUUUCCCUAGAAAAAUUUCCUGAUCUAUCAAAAUUGGGGAUGCUGAAAGAUUUAGUUCUUCGGGAAUGUCACAACUUAGUUGAGGCUGAGGGCCUGUGGGCAUCGAAAUCCUUGGAGAGACUGGACAUGUCGUCUUGCAAAUGGUCAAAAAGAUUACCAGAUCUUUCAAACCUGAAAAAACUGAAGGAAUUGAGAAUUCGUGAUUGUGGAAAAUUAACUGAGAUCCAGGGACUUGACAUGUUGAAUUCACUAGAAUAUCUAAACAUUGCUGAUUGUGAGUCACUGGGAAAAUUACCGGAUAUGUCAAACCUUAACAGCUUGAUUACUUUAAUAGCUCCUGGUUGUGAGAAGCUGACUGAAUUGCCGGGACUUGAAGGAUUGAAAUCCUUGCGAUUAUUGGAAAUUACUGGAUGCAGGUUGAUUGAAGAUUUACCUGAUUUUCCAAACACGGAAAUACGCAGGCAUACACCAUAUAUACUGCUUCGCACAUAUGCCUAACAAGCUACCUGAUGGCCUGGUACCAUAGGGAGGACCCGAAGGCUUAGAUUUGCAGUGUGCCCAAUGCCUAGUGAGGCCCAAGGGUCCAUAUAGCAGCAGGCCGAUUAUCCCCGAGAAAGCAGAGCCAGUCACAGCCUAGACCACUUCAGGAUUACGCUUGUGCUUGCGGGCCUUGACUUGUGGGGGCAUGGCUGAGGGACAUUGAAUUUCAGUCGCUCGGAAUGCACUAGGGUGGCUCAUUGAGGCUGAGGUUGGUGCUUUGAGCCAAUCCUAGUUACCUAAGGGCGGAUGGGAAAAUGUUGCCCUCUUUUAUUCCGACUUGGAAGAAGAUCCAAAAGUACAUCUAAAGAGGGCAUUUGGAACCGAGCUCAGACAUGAAGCAGCAGAUUGUUCAUUUUUCAGCACGGAGCGUGAGAAGUCCUUCACUUUCACCUCCAGAGUCCAGACACAGUGAGAGAGGUGUGUUCUCUAGCAAAUGGAAGUGUACGAAGAAGGCUUCUGGUUGCCUCUUCUUGCAGCAAUUGCUGUAAUUCUCCUUUCCUUCUUUGUAUUCACUUUUCUUUUCAACAAGAAGUCAAACACAACCACAGUUGCUGAUGACAACACCUCAGAAUCAGAAACUUGUUCUUCAAACCCUAAAUUCCUCAUCCACCUCCAAUCCACUUCCAUCUGCGCCCUACGAAGUCUUCCUCAGCUUCAGAGGCCACGACACUCGCUACGGCUUCACAGAUUUCCUCUACAACGAUCUCGACGAUGCCAGAAUUCCCACUUUCGGAGACGACUCCGAAUAGGAGAAGCAUUGUGACACAAAUGAUACUUAUGAGCAAAUGGUUACAUUCAACAAUUUGAGCUACCAAAGUCCGAAAACUAUAUGGCCGCGUCUAGUGUUCGUUGUAAUAAUUAAGGCCACAUGUGUGCUGAAUUUUGCAUUCGAGUCUCCACUUGUUGGGUUGGUAUUUUCACGACGAAUGUGACGGGCAUUUAAUAAUUUCUGUCCUAAUUUGCAAUAUUACUAAGGUUAUAUUGUUUAUGAAAUUUCUAGUAAUACGUAUUUUUGUUUUUUUGGGGAGAGAAGUAAUCAACUUUGUCACACUUUCUUUAUUGCAA